UUUUGUGGAUUGCUCGGUGGCAGUGCCGCUGGAAGAUAAGCUAACCAGCUAGCUUUCCCUCGAAAAGAAACACCGAACUAAGCUAGCCACGGCGGGCUAACGUCGGCUAGCCCGCUAGCUAGCUCGUCAAAUAAAUUAGAUUUUCCUCAUCUGCCAUGUGACUGUUUUACAUGGUGUUGCUUUUAACUUUUAGGAUACCCGAUCCCGGAUAUCUGUUGGGGACAUUUUUGACUUGUUUUGUGCGGAUUUGGGAAGGUCGAGACCUCACCGGGGGAUAACUUUGGCCUGAAAGUUUGUAGACCUCGGACUUGAUUUCACACCUCUGCAACAAGAAGAGGAAAAAAGCAGCCUCCGACACAGCGCAAUGACACCCAUGUUGGUUAAACAUUUAUUGCAGAUUGAGUGACAGAAGUCCUAGCAGUCUCAUUAGUUAGCAUGCUAGCCACCUAAUUCAACCUCGUCUUGUUCACUCCAGCCGUUGCCCAACUUUUCUUCAAGCUAGCAUCCCCCCCAGCUAGCUGGCCAAAAACGUCAUUGCGUUAGCCUGCUAAUUUCACUAGCCACUUUCGACGCUGUUGAAUGCUGAAUUGACUAUUGAAUGUUCUCAUACUCCGACAGAAGCGAAAGAGGAUAUCAGUUUUUCGUGUUUUGUGCCUGUUGACAGACAUGGGACGUGUGGCUGUCGCUAGCUAGUUGCUAGCUAGCUGGCUAACUUGAGCUAGCCGCUGAUGUGGGAUUCAACUUGUUGAUUUCACGGGCUAUCUGUCGUGCUGCUAGCUGGCUAGCGCCGGACAGCUAUUGGAAAAUUGAGCCGCACAAAAGGGGCCACCGUUGUCACAAGGUUUAAAUGCACAAUAGACACUGAGGAAUCUUUUCCUGCUCGACUCCUCCUUUUCCCCUUUUUGGCAAAUCUAAGUCUUUAAAAAUGUCAACAAGAACCCCACUGGUGCAAGUCAUUGAAAAUUCGGCUGGCCAGGACUCUAAGCCCUUGUCCGGCCGCUCCAGCAUGCCUCGAUGUCGGAACUCUGUCGCCACGACCACAGCAGACGAGCAGCCACACAUUGGCAAUUAUCGGUUACUGAAAACCAUCGGCAAGGGCAACUUCGCCAAGGUCAAGCUGGCACGACAUGUCCUCACCGGGAAAGAGGUGGCUGUAAAGAUCAUUGAUAAGACACAGCUCAACUCCUCCAGUUUGCAGAAGCUCUUCCGGGAGGUGAGGAUCAUGAAGCUGUUGAAUCAUCCCAAUAUAGUCAAGCUGUUUGAGGUGAUAGAGACAGACAAGACUUUGUACCUGGUAAUGGAGUACGCUAGUGGAGGUGAAGUCUUUGAUUACCUGGUGGCCCAUGGCAGGAUGAAGGAGAAGGAGGCCCGUGCCAAAUUCAGACAGAUUGUGUCAGCGGUGCAGUAUUGUCAUCAGAAAUGUAUAGUACACAGAGACCUCAAGGCGGAGAACCUGCUGCUGGAUGCAGACAUGAACAUCAAGAUCGCCGACUUUGGCUUCAGUAAUGAGUUUACCCUGGGGAACAAGCUGGACACGUUCUGUGGCUCCCCACCCUACGCCGCCCCUGAGCUCUUCCAGGGCAAGAAGUACGAUGGGCCUGAGGUGGAUGUAUGGAGCCUGGGGGUGAUCCUCUACACACUGGUCAGCGGCUCUCUGCCUUUUGACGGACAGAACCUCAAGGAACUAAGGGAGCGCGUGCUGCGUGGCAAAUACAGGAUUCCCUUCUACAUGUCCACUGACUGUGAGAACCUGCUCAAGAAGUUCCUCAUCCUGAACCCCUCCAAGAGAGGCAGCCUCGAGCAGAUAAUGAGGGACCGGUGGAUGAAUGUGGGCCAUGAGGAGGAGGAGCUCAAACCCUACAUUGAACCCCAGCCAGACUACAAGGACCCUAAGAGAACAGACAUCAUGCUGCAGAUGGGCUUCACUCAGGAUGAGAUUCAGGACUCUCUGGUGAACCAGAAGUACAACGAUGUGAUGGCCACAUACCUGCUGCUGGACUACAGGAACUCUGAGCUGGAUGAAGGUUCAAUCAAGCCCCGCCCAGGAAGUGAUGUAAGCAACAUAAACGCUCCCUCCCCGCCUCACAAGGUACAGCGCAGUGUGUCAUCCAACCAGAAGCCUCGCAGAGCCACUGACCAAGGCUCCUCCUACUCUAAGAGAGGGGGUCAGAGCGAUAACCGGAGUGCAGUGGAGGAUUCUGGGAGGAAGGGUUCAUCGGGCAGCUCCACCACCAAGGUGCCGGCCAGUCCACUGGUCUCCUCCGACCGCAAGAAGAGUGCCACACCCUCCACUAAUAGCAUCCUGUCCACUGGUACAGGUCGCAGCAGGAACUCUCCUCUGACUGAGAGAGCCACGCUGGGCCAGGGCAUCCAGAACGGCAAGGACAGCCUAAACACUCCGGGCUCCCGCGCGUCCACCGCCUCGGCCGCUGCCGUCCUCUCUUCCUCCUCCUCCUCCUCCUCGCGCCCCCGCCACCACAAGUCCUUGUCCUCCUCCAAUCAUCCAUGCCCCUCUGACCUGCACGCACCGCGACCCAGUGCUCCACCUCAGCGGGCACCCGGCGCCUCUCCAUCGGCCCACAACAUCAGCAGCGCCGCCGUGACGGACCGCACCAACUUCUCCCGAGGGGUGGGUAUCCGCAGCACGUUCCACGCAGGCCAGCAGCGGGGGGCCAGGGACCAGCAGGGCUCCGCCUACCCUGGCGGGCCCGCCUCCCCGUCGCUUUCGCACGGCAACAGCCAGGCCCGGAGGACACACGGCGCCACAGGAAUCUUCAGCAAGUUCACCUCCAAGUUUGUACGCAGAAAUCUCUCGUUCAGGUUUCCGAGAAGGAGUCCGUAUGAGGGAGAGGGUCGAGAUGAGGGGAGCAGGUCCAUGCUGAGCAGCACAGUGGACAAGUCGGACAAGACAUCCGGUGGCGUUCUCUCCUCCUCCUCCAACAACGACGAGAACAACUCCUCACCAGGAUCUGGUAACACUGGCGGUACUGGCACACCUCCGGCCAUUGCCGGCCAGAAGGACUCGUCCAAGCCACGCUCUCUGCGCUUCACCUGGUCCAUGAAGACCACGUCGUCCAUGGAGCCCUCGGAGAUGAUGCGUGAGAUCCGCAAGGUGCUCGACUCCAACAGCUGCGAGUACGAGCUGCGCGAGCGCUACAUGCUGCUGUGCGUGUCGGGCAACCCGGCGCGUGACGACUUCGUCCAGUGGGAGAUGGAGGUGUGCAAGCUGCCCCGCCUCUCCCUCAACGGCGUACGCUUCAAGAGGAUCUCGGGCACAUCAAUUGCCUUCAAGAACAUCGCCUCCAAGAUCGCCAACGAGCUCAAACUGUGAGCGCAGGGGAGGAGAAAGACGGGAGAGAUGAGAUUAAGAGGGGUGGAGACCAGCGGGUGGGGAGGGUGGGGGGGGUGGAGGGAGUGAGAGUUACCAAGAGGAACGAGCGUAAGGGUCGCAGCUGGCCAGGUGGGAUUGUCAGGAUGAUGAUGCUGGAUUGAGGAAGGCUGGAUUGGGGGAUGGGCAGGGCCGUCUGGGAAAGUAUUGUAGGCACAGGUGAGGGGUGGAGAUGAGAGAAGGGAUGGGGUCACUUUAAAAAAAAAAAAAACAUAAACAAAAAAACCCACAAAACAAGUUGGUGACGUCUACAGAAGGUUCUGAAGUAGGGCUGUCGGUUCACUAGAAAAUGUUCCUUUUCUAGAAGUUUUUCUUCUUUCAGUUCCUGAGGCCCUGGGAUCAGAAACUCGUCAGUUUCCUCCGAGUUGUGAAGUACUGCAGACACACGAGAGACCGGGGUCCUCUCUCUCUCUCUCUCCCUGCGGGGUUUUUUUUUUUUUUUUGUCACGUUCUACUUUAGACGUUCCACUCUCUGCAUGUCCAACCUGCUCUCGCUGUUUUAAAGGAGUCACACUUUGAUCACUUUGACCACUCUUGUCACUUCCUGCUAUUUAUUCAGUUUCUUGGCACGGUUCUGCUAUACCAGGGUUCUGGGGGUUUUGGGGAAGGGUUGCGAGGAUGGAGAGAUAAGAGGAUGUAGGGUAGAGAGAAAGAGAGCACAGGACCUCCUAAAAAAACAAACAAAAAAAAAGACUUUAACUUGCUCUGAGUCUCUUCGGGAUGCUUUGUAAAAAGGUCCCAAAUACGGAGCCUGAUUUUGCUGGAGGAACUCCUUCCGAGGAGUUUUGGUUGAAUUUGGAGGACGUUUCUCGUCUCUGUGAGCUUGUUGUUUCUCUUCCUAAACUGAGCGGACUCGGACUGAGCCAGGACUGUCGUCGCUGAAGCCCCAUAUAUCACACACACACACACACACACACACACCAGAUGGAUUGAAAGGACAAACUCUUCCAGGAAAUGAUCAACUGGUUCCGGUUGUUCAGCUGUUGCUGGUAAAAGGACCCUCCGCCCCCAACCCCCCUAAAAUUAACCUGUUUGAGAUCCUCCCCCACAAACACACACACACACACAACACUCCACCACCCCCCUACACACAUGCACACACACACACACACACACACACACACACACUUCCCCCACCCCCCCUUUCCUGCUAACUUCAAACUGAACCCAGCACAUACACAUCCAUCUCUUGCUCUCCUCUUCACUCCCUCUUUUAUUUUUUUUUUAAGUUUUUAAUUCUGUCCCUCUCAGCGCUCCCGCCAUCCAGUCCCGGGCCAGUUCGACUUGAUGUUGUCGAUCCUGCGGACUGCACCUUUAGUCCGCACUGGUGGUUAUUGUACUUUUCUUUUUCUUUUCUUUCUUCCUCUUUUAUCGCUGAUUGCUUUUAAAAAGAGUUGUGCACUGGAAAAGAGGGGGAUAUGGGACAUGGGGAGGGAGGGAGGGAGGGAAGGACGGACGGACGGACGGAUGGGGCUGUCGACGGAUUUUAUGUUGCCUUUCUUUUGAAGAAUUGAAAUUUAGGUUUUUGUUUUCGUCGCUUACGUCAGCACAUAAAUGAAAUGAGAAUGAAAAGUGUUGAUUUUUUUUUUGUCUUUUUUUUUUUUUUUAAAUUAUGUUUUGGGUGGCAUCAUGCCUUCAUACACAGAAUGUCAACCCUGAUGCUUGGAAACGAUGGAUUUCCCAGAUCUUCUCCUCCUCCUCCUCUUUCUAACCCCCCUUCCUCCCCCAUCCCCUUUUCCUCACCCAUACCCCUCCCCCACUCCUCUUCCUCCUCCCCCAUCUCUCAUGUGUUCCCAAAGAGAAAAAAAAAAAACACACAACAAGCUAUCUUUGGAGUAUUUAUAAAAAAAGAAAAAAAGUGUGUGUGCGUGAGUAUCUUACAGAUCACUGGAAAACUAAAAGAAGAAAAAAAA